AAAAAACACAGCAUCACCAGUCCGGCCAGUUCGGACACAAUGGCAGCGGUCGACGCCGUCAUCCAGGCAACUGAGGAGCAAGAUUCUUCGAACGAUCAUCUUUCAACGAACGCGGAUGCCAAAUCGGAAGAGCUUGCACACGAGGAGAGUUACCCAAGUGGCCAACCAUCUUCAAGUACUCUUCAUCAUGAUACGACUAUGAGCAUGGGGGAUGGCACCUUCAGAGAGGAACAUCAAGGCACGGCAGAAAGUACAGAUGUCCAACUGCCUGCAAGUACUCUUAUUGACGAUGAAGCUAUGGGCAUCGCGAAGGAUUCCUUCGGAGACGAACACCAAGAUACGGAAAUGAGCACACGGCCUGCUGAGAAGAACACCAAGCGCGGAACUAUGGCUCGUACAGCGCAAGAAUAUAUCGCAAACCUCAAGAAUAAAAAGGAGCGAGAGCUGAAGAAACAUUUCAUCAAGCAAAUCAACUUGAAGCGAAGAUCGGGGGAUUCGAUCAUCGUCUUGGAGCCCCCCCAAGCCAAAAGACGACGGCAGCAAAAGGUCUCCACGAGUAGCCAUGGUGACCCAGAUGAAGUUGCCCUACCCACGACUACAAAGACUGACAUUGUGCCCGAACUUGUUGAAGGAGGCAUUCCGAAUUCUGACCAAAACAAAGUGUUAAAGAAGGACAGAAGGAAGCAAAUUGCCGCUGCAACGUCAGAAGGCGACAGUAAUCGCCAUCUGAGUUCACAGAAGGAGGACGCAGAAUUGGGAAUGAAGAUUUGGGGCCUGAACGCCGUCGAUUGCGUUGGUCCUUCUGACUACAAGCUGAGAGGCAUUCGGACGACCAUCCGGGGCUGGCAGCUUCAAGCUGCCACCCUAAUGUUACUGAGAGAGAAUUCCCAUGCGCCUCCCUAUGGAGGGAUUCUUGGUGACCAGAUGGGAAUGGGAAAGACUCUCACCACUCUGGUGCUCAUAAUGGGAUGCCCACCUCUCCCCCAGGAUCUUCAAGCUGGCUGCGGUGGCACCAUAGUGGUUGUUCCAGGCCCCAACGUCCUAAAAGAAUGGAGUGAUGCAAUUACUCGGCAUACGGAGAUUCGCCCACAAGAUGUCCUCGUUUACAAGCAAGGGACUAAUAUUUUUGCGGCGGACCAAAUCGCAGGGUACAAGAUCGUACUUACCACUUAUCAAGAGCUCCUCAAGUACCCAUCAGGGAAAAGGCUAUCGGAACUGGCUGAGUCGUAUGGUCAAGGAACCCAGGAAUUCCAGAAUGCUGUGAAGCACGUCGCAGGCCCCAUUUUCGACAUUGAGUGGUACCGGGUUGUUUUUGACGAACUUCACACGAUCAAGAACUCAGAGACGCAGACCUUUCAUGCUUGCUACCGUCUGAAAAGCAAGAGAGUCUGGGGGCUCAGCGGAACCCCGCUGAUUAACCGGAGCAAAGAGAUAUUCCCUUAUGUGAAGCUGAUUGGGGUUGAAGGCAUCCAGACCAAAAAAGACUACGAACUCAUCUACAAGAAAGGGCCUAAUUCCUUCGAAAAGAGUCAUGAAAACCGCUUCCUCGGGAAGCAGAUGUUGGAAGGUCUGCCCCAAUUCGAGGCGGAAGUCCGCUGGGUCAAUCUGUCCCAAGAGGAACGACUGAUCUAUGAUGCCAUUACUCAGUAUUUCGACAGUCAGCCGUCUCUGCUUCCGAUAGUCUCAAUGGCACAGAAGAGACAGGCAAUCUCUCACCCGUAUCUUCUGGAGAAACUUUUCGCUGAGACAAUCGACAACGAGUCCAUCCAGAAGCUUGUCAAUGAUCUCAAGGAAAUUGAAGGCAAUAUUUGGGUGUACCACCAGAUUGGCAGACGUUUCGGCCGACGCGAUCCAGAUAAUGCAUUCGCAGCCGGCAAAAACGAUGCUGGAGACGUCCCUGAGCUCACACCUCGGGAGCUGGCAUACGCCCCUAUGAAUCCAUUUGGAAAAUCCACCUUUGGUCAAAAGUUCUCAAUGGUCCAACUACUCGAGCUCACAAUCAUGGACAAGGAAUUUGGCAAGAGCAAAUGCGGCGAGUGCGAGCAGAAGAAGAAGGCGACCGAUCGCAUACGCAUCAACGGGUGCAAACAUGUUUUCUGCCAAAUUUGUCUCUGGAAGAGAAUGCGAGACUUGGACCCCAUGGCACAACAUCAGUGUCCAGUCCCGACUUGCACGAAUAUCUUUAAGGAGAACGACAUCGAGAUGGUCUCAACUCUUGCGAAAAGAGCUGCAGUUUGUGUCUCUUCAGAUGAGGAGUCUACCGACGAGGACUCGGAUGAUAACAGAUACCGCAGCCGCAAAGGCAAAGUCGCAGAGAAGCGACGCAAGGCGCAGGCGAAACGCGAGAAGAGGAAGAUGAGGCGACGCAAAUAUGGUGGCGACUAUAUUGGCAACUUGCCGGCACUUGAAGAGAAUGACACUUCGUUCCUCCAGAUCGGCGUGAAUGAGAAUGGCGGCGUCCCCUGCCCCGGAACGAAGCUGACGGUUGCCAAGGAGAUCAUUCUACAAUGGCAGAAGGAGGCGCCCAAUGACAAGAUUAUUAUCUUUGUCGAGUUCAUCAAAACGGCGGUUCUGCUGGGUAUCGUGUUGAACCUUGAAGACAUCCCGUUCGUCUACCUCAACGGCAAACUCACAUCGAAAGAAAAGCUCAAGGCAGUGGACACGUUCAAGACCAACCCCGAGGUCAAGAUUCUCAUUGCAUCGAUGAAGGUCGGCGGACAGGCCCUAAACCUGACAUGCGCGAACAGAGUAAUCCAGGUCGACUCUUGGUGGAACGAGGCCGCGGGCGAGCAGGCGAACGGACGGGUGAACCGCAUGGGCCAGCUGAAGCCCUCGCACGCCGUCGUGAUCAAGGCCCGGGGCACCAUCGACGACUAUAUCACCGACCUUCAGAACAGCAAGACGAAGGACAUUGAGCAUAUCCUGCAGGACAACGGCCGCGUUACUGAGGUCUACAGCGAGUUCGAAGUCAUGGCCCUCACUGCCCCCGUCGCGUGGCAGACGCUCAAGCAGCGGGUCGUCGACGACAUUGAACGGGAGAUGGGCCCGCAGGGUGUUAAAUGAUGGAUCUAUUUUCACAGGGUCUCGGUGGGUGGAAUGUUUCUAGAGCUGCCAUACCACAUAACGAACGAACGGCUGUGGUAGCGGAGCGUUGAGAAGUUGGUUUUCCCGAUUUCUAUUUAGGCCGUCUGACUUUACCUCUAGAUACCCUGGCGAC